AUGAAAUUUGCCAGUGCCGUGUUGCACGCCUUUUGGGCCGUCUGCGCUACAGCAACUUCCAUUGAAAUUGAAAAUGUGCAACAAUUCCAAACCUCGUUUGACCGUAUAAAACGAGGUGCUAUUGUCAAUGAUGUGUUUGAAAUCAGCCCGUCUUUGAAGCCGUUGACAAAAGAGCCCGAAGAUAAGUGCCCUCCUUGUUUCAACUGCAAUUUGCCUAAUUUUGAGUGUACUCAGUUUUCCCAGUGCAACAGCUUCACGGGGUUCUGCGAAUGCCGUGAUGGGUACGGGGGCAAUGAUUGCUCGGAGCCACUUUGUGGCAGCUUGUCUGACGGCAAUGAAAACCGUCCGAAAAGAAAAGACCCUGUGUGUGCCUGUAAGCCAGGAUGGGGUGGAAUCAACUGUAAUAUGUGUGAAGAAGACAACGUAUGUGAUGCCUUCGUACCUGAAGGACUCAAAGGAACUUGCUACAAGUCGGGGAUUGUGGUCAACAAGUUGCACCAAAUGUGUGAUGUUACCAACAAAAAGAUUGUGGCCAUAUUGGAUGGGAAGAUUCCACAGGCCACCUUCAGUUGCAACAAAACCGCCGGAAGUUGUGACUUCCAGUUCUGGAUCGACCAGAAGGAAUCGUUCUACUGUGACUUGGAUAAGUGUGCUUUUGAGUAUGAUUUGGCCAAGAACACCACUCACUAUAACUGCGAGCAAAUGGCCUGCAAAUGUCUACCAGAAACAAUGUUGUGUGGUGAGGCUGGUUCCAUUGACAUUUCCGACUUCUUGACUGAAACCAUCAAGGGGCCCGGUGACUUCACGUGCGAUGUGGGCGACAAGACCUGCCGAUUCAGUGAGCCAAGUAUGAAUGAAUUGAUUUCAUCGGUAUUUGGGGAUCCUUAUAUCACUUUACACUGCAAGUCAGGUGAGUGUAUCCACAAAAGUGAAAUCCCUGGUUAUGACUUGCCCGACAAAGGCAGAUUGACCUGGAGUAACUUAUUGUUGAUUAUCUUGGUCGCCGUUGUGUGUGUUUCGUUGGUUGCAGGUUCUCUUUACAAUAUCAGCCAAAGUGCGUUGUUCAAGCCCAGUGGAGGAUACGAGCCAGUAAAUGGGGAAUUGAACGUUUUGAACGAGAACUUCACGCCGACUGUUCUUUCGUUUGAAAACAUAAGCUACAAGGUCAGGAAUGGAGCUCAGGUGUUGAAUGGCAUCAACGGGUUGGUCAAACCCAUGGAAUGCUUGGCCAUCAUGGGAGGCUCCGGUGCCGGUAAAACCACAUUGUUGGACAUUUUGGCUGGGAAGAAUAAAGAUGGUCACAUCCAAGGAGAUAUCUACGUGAAUGGUAACCGAUUGAGUCCUCACGACUUCAAGAAAAUCGUUGGGUUUGUAGAUCAAGAAGACCAUUUGAUUCCUACUUUGACUGUUUAUGAGACUGUUUUGAAUAGUGCUUUAUUGAGAUUACCACGGUCUAUGACCAUGAGAGCAAAGCAAACCAGAGUCAUUGAAGUGUUGAGUGAAUUGAGAAUUCUUGGUAUCAAAGAUAGAGUCAUUGGAUCUGACUUUCAAAGAGGAAUCUCUGGAGGUGAAAAGAGAAGGGUUUCCAUUGCCUGUGAGAUGGUGACUUCUCCUUCCAUCUUAUUCUUGGAUGAACCAACUUCAGGCUUGGACGCUUAUAAUGCAAGAAAUGUCAUUGAGUGCUUGGUGAAGUUGUCAAGAGACUUUGAAAGAACUAUAGUCUUCACCAUCCACCAGCCCAGAAGUAAUAUUGUUUCAUUGUUCGACAAGUUGAUCUUGUUGAGCGAAGGAGAUCUAAUCUACUCAGGUGAUAUGAUUAAAUGUAACGACUUCUUCAGUAAGAACGGAUACACCAUUCCCCUUGGCUAUAACAUUGCUGACUACUUGAUUGAUGUUACCGUUGACCAUAAGAAGCUUAUCAAGGUCAACAGUACAUCUACGGGAAGUGACUUGGAGAACUUGGCUGGUUUGGAAAGUGAAGAACAGGACCUCCACCUGAGAUUCUUAAGUACUAGGACCACCAGUGAUUUGGAUACCACUAGUGAAUGGGCACACUUGGCACUUCACAGAGAUGAAUACAAUAGCUAUAACAAAAUCAGUGGUGACGACGAAGAAGAAACUGUUAUCCAAGUCCAGAACAAAUUGCCCACUCUAUUCAAAGAAAGUGUGCUUCAACUGGAGUUGAAUGACGAGAUCUUGGCUUUGAAGAACUCUCCUUUGAAAUUUGAGGUCAAUGCCCAGUACAAAAAGGCCAGUUUUAUUACCCAAGUUUCGGUUUUGUCUUCUAGAACUUUCAAAAACUUGUACAGAAACCCCAAAUUGUUGUUAACCCACUACAUUCUAUCUCUAAUCAUGGGAGGCUUUUGUGGGUAUUUGUACUACGAUGUUAAAAAUGACAUCAGUGGAUUCCAGAACAGAUUGGGGUUGUUCUUCUUCUUGUUAUCGCUUUUUGGGUUCUCGUCUUUGACUGGUUUGCAUACAUUUGCCAGUGAAAGGAUCAUUUUCAUUAGAGAAAGAGCAAAUAAUUAUUACCACCCGUUCAGCUACUACCUUACCAAAUUGCUUUGUGAUGUGGUUCCAUUGAGAGUGUUGCCUCCGGUGAUAUUGAUCUCCAUUGCUUACCCAUUAGUGGGAUUGACCAUGGAACAUAACGGGUUUUUGAAAGCCAUUAUGGUGUUGGUUUUGUUCAAUGUUGCCAUAUCUAUCGAGAUAUUGAUUGUGGGAAUCUUAAUCCGGGAUCCAGGAACCUCCACCAUGACUGGUGUGUUGGUACUCUUGUUUUCCAUAUUGUUUGCCGGUUUGUUCAUUAACAGCGAAGAGAUCAAAUCUCAAAUUAAAAUCUUCGAAUGGAUAUCCCUUUUCCAUUACGCCUACGAAGCAUUGUCCAUUAACGAGGUCAAGGAUUUGAUAUUGAAAGAGAAGAAGUACGGGUUAUCAAUCGAAGUCCCAGGAGCUGUUAUCUUGAGUACAUUUGGAUUCAACGUAUCAGCAUUUUGGGACGACAUCGUCUACUUGGUGGGAUGGCUCAGUGCAUUCAUCGUGUUAGGAUAUAUCUUCCUUCACUAUCUUGCAGUAGAAAAACGUUAA